AUGGCCGACCUUUGCAAAUCCACCCCCAUCUCCUUGGCCCGCCCCGGCCCGUCACUCCCCCGCUCGAUCGCGAGCGAUCGGGCGAAACGGCGGAGGGUGGAGUGCUCGCAUCCCGUGAUCCAUGAGGGCAGGUGCUUGCUGUGCGAACGCGCCGUCGACGAUGAUCACAGCCUCCCCUUUGGGUUUCUUCGUCCUUCUUUGAGGCUCAGCCACGAGUACGCCGAUCGGAUGCGCGAGGCGAGCACCGGGGCCGCGUUAGGGUUUAAGAAGCUCCACUUGAUCCUCGACUUGGACCACACCCUCCUCCACGCCGUCCGGCUCUCCGAUCUCACCCCCGAGGAGGAGGAGCGGCUCGUGGCCGAGGCCGAGCGGAAAGCCGAAUUUGGUCCCGAGGGCCGCGGCGACAUCUUCUUGGACGGGUCGGAGACCGGCAAGGGUUUCGUCAUCAAGCUGAGGCCGUUCGUGCGGGAGUUCUUGAGAAAGGCUGACGAGUUGUUCGUGCUCACAGUAUACACGAUGGGUGGCCGUGCGUAUUCGUCCAGGGUAACGAAGUUGCUCGACCCCGACCGGGAAUACUUCGGCGACCGAGUCAUCACGCGGGAGGACUGCACCCUCAGAGGCCGCAAGAGCCUCGACGUGGUCCUGGCCAAAGAAACCAACGUUCUGAUCUUGGAUGACAAGAAGACCGUGUGGCCGGAUCACGCAGAGAACCUGAUAGCAAUCGAACCGUUUUAUUACUUCUCUCAGGGGACGGAGAAGCGGGGCGUGCAGCCCGGCUUCGUUCAUGAUGAGGACGAGCACGACAGCGCGUUGGCGACGGCUCUUCGGGUUCUCGAGGGAAUCCACCAGCGUUACUUCGACCCAAAGCUAGGGCUCGAGGGCGGGGACGUGCGGACGAUGGUCCGACAGAUGCAGAGCCAAGUCCGCGGUACGCCUGGUGAUCAAAGCUCCUCCUGAAGAUGGACGAUAAAGAUUACGUUGGUUCGGUUUUCUGUUAUUGUAAAUUGAAGAUUGAUUUGGCCUAAA